UUUAUACAGCCAAAUGCCGCGGUCGCGGAGCAGUGUCCGGCGCGGGAGCGUGAUCCUGUCGGGACCGCCCGGGCUCCCGAACAGCCACCUCUCGUGGCGCGUGAACGACCGCGUCUCGUCCGUGAUUGAGUUUAUGACGCACCCGACCCGGCUUCGUCGGCUCUCGACGUCGGUGCGGCAACAGAUUUCGGAUCUCAAGACGCGGCUCUACAAGGCGCUCAUACGCUUUCCCGUGCUUUUGUUCAUUUCCACUGUCCACGUGCUCACAGCGUUCCAUUUAGCUCUACUCGGAUCGCUCUUCCUUUUGGCGCCGACCGCCGACACGGUGUUUCUCUUGCCAUGGCACCUCCAUUCGAUCGCACCGGGCUUUUACUUUGCGUUUGCCGUCCUUCAUGCGGCGGCGAUCGUACACCACAAGUCGCCCGUCAUCCGCACGUUUGUCUCGAUCCGAGACACGGUCGCGACGCGCGUGGCGCCGUUCGGCGCCAACGACGCCAAGACCAAGCGCCGCCACGCUGCGCUGUUGAGUGAAGCGUUCGUGCUCGGUAGCCAUCUGUGCAAUUUGAUUUCGUUUUCGUAUCAAGGCAAGCGCAUGGCCGAUCGAACGACCGAUACGUCGCUCUCGUUUGUCUUUGCCCUUGGCGUGAGCGUCUACGCGCUUGCGUCACCGUGGCUGCUGUUUCAAACCAAUGGCUUCUUGCGGCGCACGUCACUGCUUGCCUUGAGCUGCGCGUUUGGCUUUCUCUUAUCAACGGUGCUUUCGACGCUCAUGUUCCUCUCGAGCAUGCUCGCCUUCUUCCUCGACGACGCGUCUUCCAACGGCACUAACUAUUACGAGUGGCAGACCAAAAUGAUCCUCUUUAAUCGGUACGUCGUCGUCUCGUCGUUUGGCGACCUCGUCGUCAAGCUUCUGCCGCACGCGACGAGCUACAUGACGCUCGAGCUUCUCGCGCACUCACUCGACCACGCGAUUCACAUUCCCGAGGCCAAACUGCGCCCGAUCCAAGCCAAAUGGGUGCCUCCGCAGCGCUUGCAUGGACGUCGCACCUUUGGGUUUACUUUCAUCGCCAAGAGGUACCCCAAGCUUUGGGAUUUUGAUUUUUCAAAACGCUAUGCGCUCAAAUGCUACCUCGUUGUCUGCAUGCUAUGGGGCCUGACGAUUGCAGUCGUUGCCAUCACGUCGACGUGGUUCCGCGCGCCGUGCCCGCCCGAGUGCAAGCUCCAGGUCACGUCGUGGUUCUCGUCGUCUUGCGAUUGCGUCUUUUACCGUCUCAACUGCGCACAGCAGCAGCUUCCUGGCCGCACGAUUGUCGAUGUCAUCCCGCCGUCGAUCGGCGCCUCGCUCUUCUUCCUCAACGUUGUGCGCUGUGCCCUUCCCGACGGCCCCCGCCCCGAGCUCUUUGCGCGGUUCCCCUAUCUCUUUGGACUCGCGAUCGAGUUUUCCAACCUCUCCGAGUGGGCGAUACCGCCCACGUCGAUACCGCAGACGCUCAUGCAGCUCGAGCUCCGGCAUUCGUCCUUGGCAGCCGUGCCCAAGGUGCUGCGCGACUUGGGGCCGCUGCCUAACCUCGUGCACCUCGCGCUCGUCGGCUCGCGUAUUACGCAUGUACCACAGAGUGUUUGGGCGACGUGGGCACAGCAGCUUGUGGGUUUAUCGCUCUCGGAGGCCCGCUUGACGAACGUCAGCAUGUUUGGCACCGCGACGUCAGCGAUCUUGUGGCCCAAGCUGGUGCAUCUCGAUCUCUCGUUCAAUGUCAUCGACGAGCUCCCGAUGCGUGCGCUUAUCAACUGCUCGUCGCUCGAGGCUCUCUAUUUGGACCACAACCGCAUCACAGCGCUACCAAAAUACCUCGUGCUCGCGCGACCCGACCUCACGAUUGAACUCAACUUCAACCCGCUCGUAUGGGAUACACCAGGCACAGGCGUUCCCGCCAACGUCCGGCUGCGGGGCUCCACGUACUGCAACUUGACCAAUAGCCCGAUGAAUUGUGCGAAAGGAAGUCCGUGUGGCUGCAGCGACUGGAUCGAUCUCUGUGACCCAACCUGCUUUACAGAGACCUGCAACUUUGACAACGGUCAGUGCGCUGGUUAUGGCUUCAACACGUCGGGACCUCUUUUUUGGCCGUAAUAUGUUGUUAAUUGCUAAGCAAAUAUGAUGCUUGAACGGGAUGCUCC